AUGCGUCCCUACGUGCCGUCAUAUGGCCGGGGGGCAUCACAGAGGUGCCUCUGGGAGCGUUCCCCAAGUCCUCUGCCCCGCUCCAGAUCGCCGUUCCAAACAAAAAGCAACGGCACGUCGUCCAGCAACGACAAGUUCUCGGGCUUCUGCAUCGACGUCUUCAAGUCCGCUGUUGCGCUGCUGCCCUACACGCUCUCCUACCAGUUCGUCGCCUAUGGGGACGGCCAGACCCUGCCCAGUUAUGAUGCCAUGCUCGCUGCUGUCGCCAAUAAGACGUACGAUGCAGCAGUGGGGGAUAUCACCAUCACAUCGGACCGAGCCUUGCUUGUUGACUUCACACAGCCCUUUGAGUCAUCCGGGCUGUCCUUUGCGGUGCCGGUGCAGCGGGCUGCGCCCAACACGUGGGCGUUCCUGGCGCCGUUCACCCCGGGCAUGUGGGUGCUGCUGUACGUGUCCUUCUUCUACACCGCGCUCGUCGUCUGGUUCCUCGAGCACCUGCAGAACGAAGACUUUGGAGGCAAGCUGCACCAGCAGCUCGCCACCAGUGUGUGGUGGGUUGUCAGCGACCAAGGGGAGGAGCAAGUGCGCACAACGCUAGGCCGCACGGUGGUGAUAGUGUGGCUGUUCGUGGUCUUUGUUAUCUCCUCUGCCUACACCGCCAGUCUCUCCUCUGUGCUCACAGUCAGCCAGUCCGAGCCCACUGUCUCCGUACGUGCUACUACUACCCUCCCCCCUCCCUCCCCCCUCCCUCCCCCCUCCCUCCCCGCUCCCUCCCCGCUCCCUCCCAAGCAUUCCUUAUGUAUCGUGGGGUACAUGGCGGGCUCCUUCACAGCCACGUACAUGCAGGGCGUGGGCAUCAACGAGUCGCGACUAGUGGCCAUAGACCCGGAGGGCGACUGGGAUGCAGUGGUGCAGGAGCAGCAGGUGGCAGUGGUGGUAGAUGAAGAGCCCUACCUCGACAUAUUCCUCUCAGACCACUGCUACUACACCAAGCCGCCUCACGCCUUCGCCACCUUCAACUUUGGCUUUGCGUUCCAGAGGGGAUCGUCACUGACAGCGGACCUUUCUCUGGCCAUAGAGACCCUGGCACAGAACGGCCAGCUGCAGUCCUUGCACGACCUGUGGCUCCGGGGCAAGGGCACUUGUGCGGGGUUGGAGCUGGAGUCGAUGCGCCUGGGCCCGGACUCCUUCUGGGGGCUCUUCCUGCUCUACCUGCUCGCUGCUUUCGGCAGCUGCCUGCUCUACGCUGCUCUCCUCGUCUACCGUGGCCUCAAGGCCUUCCGGCUAGCACAGCAGCAGGCUGCAGCAGAGAGAGCGGCGGCAGCGGAGCAGGAAGGGCAGGAGGGGGAAGGCCCGAACGCAGUGGGUGUGACGCCAGUGCGUGCUGCUGUCAACAAGCCCAGACGCCUCAAGAGCCGCGUUCGCCACUACAAGAGCGCUUACACUGCGGGAGUGGAGUGGAGCAUGCAGCGCAACAUCGGAGUGUCCUCCUCCACACUCCACGGGUCUGAUAGCAACCCAUCAAUGCACUACGACGUCUCUCACAUCACCUACUCUUCCACCAACCCCACCGGGGAUGGCCUUGCCACCAACCCUGCCGCUGCUGAUGGCACUGGCACUGGCGCUGGUGCUGGUGGUGGUGAUUUUGAUGGGUCGGACGAUGGUCGCGGGGAGCGAGAGGUGGGCGAGAGGGGGCUUAGGGAUUCAUUGGAUGAGCAGCUGAGGGAGCUGAGGCAGAGCCAGUUCACUCGCAGCGAGUCGACUUUGUAA